UCGCGAUUCCCAUUUAGCCGUCCGUCUAUUUUUCAUAAUGGUGAACGCAAACAUAACCAAUCACAAAGCGACUUGUAGUCAUGUGACCAGUAGUGACACAUAUAAUUCAUGUUGUAUUGGAACGAAAAUUGAAGAGAUCUGGAAAUUUACGAACGUGAAAUCUAUGUUAAUAAUCAUGCCACCGAAGAAAACUGAUUUAUUUUCCAAAGAUAUUGAGUUUACAUUGAUCAAUCUAGUAGAGUGUAGACCUAUCCUAUGGGAUUGUACAUCUGAGCUCUACAAAAGAGUAGAUCUGAAAGAAGAGGUUUGGGAAGAAGUGGCCCGUUCUUUAGGACCUCGCUUCUCAGGGUCUAUUGUAGCAAGCAGAUUUAAAAGUAUGAGAGAUACUUUCAUGUCAAAUUUGAGAAGAGUGAAAGAGUCCAAACGCAGUGGAAAGGGCACUGCGGAUAUUUAUAUUCCAAAGUGGCCUCUGUACGAUCGCUUAAAGUUUUUACAAAAGGCAGCAGUUCAGAGUGCUUCUAUCUCAAAUCUCACUAUUUCCUCAGAGAAACCUGAUGAUACUAUGUCACAGAUAGAGGAACAAACGUCAAAUGAAUCAUUGACACAGUGGCCACCAUGUAUAGCGGAAGAGGCUCAAGAAGAAAUUGUUGCUGAGAAAUCUACAGUUUUAAAUGUUUAUUAUGACUCUACGGAACAAUUUAUGAUUCAACCAAUGGAAGAGUUGUCCGAUAAUUCCACAGAUUUAUCAAUAUCUUCUAGAAGUGUUGCAAGCACAAGCCACACACCAGCAGCAUUAACAAAGCCUUUAUCAUCAGUUCCCAAAAUACAAGAUGCUGAGAAUCAGAUGUAUAUUAAACGAGGACAGGCUAAAAGAAAGUCUGACACUUUAAUGGAAGAAGCAGUUGGUGCUAUUAAAGUUUUGUGCAAACCGGAACCAAAAACUACACUUGAUGAUUCAUCUACACCUACUGACUCUGCUUUUACAUUAGGAUCGUUUAUCGCAGCAAGAUUGCGUCAAAUGACACCUGAUCAGC